CAAGUUAAAGAAUAAAUGAAGUUCAUGAUUACUUAAAAGUUAAACCAAAAACCAGUUAUUUAUAUUUAUUUUUUAUAAUUUUUAUUUUUUAUUAUUACUGUUGUAUAAUAAACUUAUAAUUUUCAUAAUAAAUGUGAUAUUAUUAUUUUUUAACGUAAAUUUUAUUGUGUUAUCUAAUUAUGUUGGACGAAACUGACAAAUUGGAUGAUAUGGCGGGUCAUUCAAAUAACAACAUGCCAGCUGAUGUUAAUUUUAUACCUAAAAUUAUCGAUCGAGUACCUCCAAUAGACGAUGAUUCCUUGAAAGGUAUCACUAAUGAGAAAGGACGAAAACUUUUCGUCGAUAAAUUGGGGGCACCCCGAUUAGUGGUCGCACCUAUGGUAGAUGCGAGCGAAUUAGCCUGGAGGGAGUUGGCUCGACGAAGGGGUGCCAAUCUGUGCUAUACGCCUAUGCUUCAUAGUGGAGUAUUUAGAAGGGACCAGAAAUACAGACAGGAAGGUUUGCAGAGUUGUGCCACCGAUCGACCACUCAUUGUGCAAUUUUGUGGUAACGAUCCAAAUAUUAUGCUCGAAGCCGCCCUAUUCGCCCAAGACCACUGCGACGCAAUCGACAUAAAUCUGGGCUGCCCACAAGCCAUUGCGAAGAGGGGAAAGUACGGUAGCUAUCUCCAAGAUGACUGGCCACUUCUUCAAAAUAUGGUGUCACUUCUUUCAUCUCGCCUAUCUGUGCCUGUUACCUGCAAGAUUCGUGUAUUCGAGAGCAUAGAGCAUACCGUGCGUUAUGCGCGCAUGCUGGAGGAGGCCGGUUGCAGUAUGCUAACCGUCCAUGGUAGGACAAGGGAGCAAAAGGGACCCAUGACUGGGCUGGCUAGUUGGGAUCACAUAAGGGCCGUCAGACAAAAUGUAAACAUUCCAGUAUUAGCUAAUGGUAACAUUCAGUAUCUACAUGAUGCAAUAAAAUGUUUAGAAUAUACAGGAGCACAUGGUGUAAUGGCUGCUGAAGGACAUCUUUAUAAUCCUGCAAUAUUUCAAGGUAAAUCCGUUCCUGUAUGGGAAAUUGCAGAAGAAUACCUAGAGCUUGUUAAAUUAUACCCUGCACCAUCAUCUUACAUUAGGGGUCAUCUAUUCAAGCUGUUCCAACAUAUAAUGAUAUUACCUGAAAAUGCUGAGCAAAGAUCCCAACUUGCUGUUGCGCAGAAUGUAGGGGAAUAUUCAAGAAUAGUAUCUGAAAUUAGAAUGAGAUACAUGCCAUAUUACACAGGAGAGAAAUACUGGAACCUCUCUGCCGAACCUACUUACAAUUUAGUUUUUCCGCCAUGGAUGUGUCAGCCUUAUGUACGGCCACCACCAGAAGAACAUUUAAAGAAAGUUGAAGAAAAUCAAAACAAAAGCGCAGAUCUGCUACCCAAAAGAAAUUAUGAGGAUGCAGAUGGAAAUAUGAUAAGUCGAAAGAGAAUGAAAAAAUUAAGAAGGAUUCAAAGACGACCAAUAAGAGAUCCUUCUGAAUAUGUUAAAAGAACUGGAGAAUAUUGCUUGUGUUGCCCAAAUCCUAUUGGGGACAAAUGCACAUAUACCUUAUGUAAAAAGUGCUGCAAAGAAAAAUGUUACCAUGAAAAUCUGGACUGUGCUGGACAUAGAAUUCUUGUCAAAACUAGAAGAGAGAUUGCUAUAAAACACGCAGCUCAGAGAGAAAAUGGUUUGAAUGAAGCUAUAGUAGAAAAUGAUGAAAAUAGACGAUUAGAUACUUGUAAUAAUAGCACACAAUACAUGAAUUUUACAUGACAUUUUAUA